GGAAAGCAAUUCAUAAAAUGGAGGUAUAUUAUAUUUGUCCAUUGAUAUGUGAGUCUUAUGACAGAAGUAGGGCUCUAUGCAAAAACGAGGAGAGCGACGACCCAAAUGUCUAUGAAGGCGACAUGAUUCUAACGGCAGAACAAAUAGCCGCAUUAAAUGGUCAACGGGGUUCUAUAAAGAACAGAUGGUGGCAAAAAGGAAUAUUUAUUUACAAAAUCGACAGUUCGCUUGCCAGAAGUACUCGAGCAAUGAAUGCCAUUCGGGAAGGAAUAAACGAAUGGCAGAGCAAGACAUGCAUACGAUUCAAGGAGAGGACAAACGAAAGAGCCUACGCACGUUUUAUAUUGGGAAAAGGUUUCGUGGCCAGAUUCAAAGCUGUGUUUAAGUAUUGCGGACUUUUUGUCCUUUCCUCCAUGCUCCGAGAUUCUUUCAUCUAAUCUUCUGGCCGUUUCACCAAUGUAGGUAUGUGGGCAUCGUUCUUGUGGGCACUCAAGC